AUGACACAUUGGCAAGAGCUUAGUUCAGCAACCAACAUUGCCAUGACCGAGGAAUAUGACUUCGUCGUUGUUGGAGGUGGUGCAGCUGGCUGUGUCGUUGCAGCGCGGCUUGCAGAAGCCGCCGCGCGUCCAUCCGUACUCCUCGUCGAGGCUGGUGGCUUAAACGAAGACGCUGCUCACUUGACGGGCGCGCAACGGUAUGAGGUUGCUUUCCGCGAGAAAUCACCCCUCAACUGGGGCUACAGGACUCAACCCCAGUUGAAGGGUCAGGAAAUCGACUAUUCUCGCGGGAAAGGGCUUGGUGGCAGCACCGCAAUCAACUUUUGUGGAUGGGUGAUUGGGCCUGAUGAGGACUACAAUGAGUGGGCGCGGCUGGUGGGCGACACAUCGUUCGGCUGGGAUCACGUUAAGGGAAUCCUGAAAAGAGUUGAGAACUUCCAUAAUGAUGUCCCAGAUGUUUUCAAAGAUUGUAUAAAGCCGCUUGACCAGGAUCAUGGCAUUGGAGGAGCUGUGGAUGUAUCCUACCAGGACGAGUGGCUUCCGACGACGCGAGACGUAUUCGAUGCAGCCAGCCAGGUUGGGUUUGGUAUCAACGCGGAUGUCAACAACGGCAACCCCAUAGGUAUGGGCAUCGGGACUGCGUGCAUUUAUAAGGGCAUUCGAGUCACCGCAUCGAGCGCAUACAUCGCAAAAUCUCCCAAAAACCUUACAGUUGUCCCCAACGCUCAGGUCGAGAGAAUAGUUAUGAAGGGCGAUGUCGCUGUUGGUGUCCAGACGAUCGAUGGCCGUCGAUAUGGUGCUAGAAAGGAAGUAAUCAUAUCUAGUGGUGCUUUGAACAGCCCGCAGAUCUUACUACUGUCUGGCAUAGGACCUUCCGAUGAAUUACAGAAACAUGGUCUUCCGACUCUACAUGAGCUACGUCAAGUUGGCAAAAAUCUGCAGGAUCAUUGCUUUUCGACCCUUGGGAUAGUGAUAAAGAAAGACCACGGCAAAUCAUUCAAGCAAAAUCCUACCCCAAUGGGUUGGUUCCAAGUGCCGGCAGUCUUGGAAUCAAAUGAAUUUCAGGUCUUGCCACAAGAAAUACAACAGUUCUUGAGCAAAGCGAAUGUGCCAAACUGGGAACUUGCUACUCAUACACCUUUCUUCGAUGAAAUUGUGGUCCAAGAUGACGAAGAGGUCUUCUCGUGCAUUUCUUUGAUAAUGAACCCCCAAUCUCGAGGCACAGUUACACUCAGAUCCGCGAACCCGGGGGAUGCACCUAUAUUCGAUCCCAAGUUCUUGUCACACCCGUUCGACAGGAGAACUGCGAUAGAGAGUUUUCGAGAGUUGCUAAAGUUUCUCCAGGCUCCGGUGUGGAAAGAGAAAACUGUUACAACCUUGGGCUGGCCGCAAGACAAUUCAGACGAAGCGAUAUGGGAAUGUUUCUCGUCAAAUCUUCGGAGCUCAUGGCACAUGUGUGGGACUCUGAAUAUGGGGAGAAACUCGGAUGAGGCUUGUGUCGACUCUUCAUUCAAGGUCUUCGGUCUGAGGCGACUACGGGUGGCUGACUUGAGUGUGUGCCCAAUGGUGCCCAACAACCACACUCAGAGCACAGCUUACAUCGUAGGAGAACUUGCUGCAGAGAAACUCAUUGCAGAAUAUGAGUUGCACCAGACCCACGCCAAUUUAUGA